CUAGUCUAGUUUUUUCUGCAAAAGGCACGUGUAUGCAAAAAAGAAUUUGCUUCCAAGCAUUGUCAGUAUUCCACCACAUAUUCUGAUAUGUAUUUGAUUUUUUUUUUCCUUCUAUAAGCAUCUUGCAAAGCUGAAACUCACAUCAUCUAUAAUAUGUCUAUUUUGAUAUUUUAGUUCAAUUCACCUAUCAUGUUUCACAAAUUUAAUCUGAUUGGAUGCCUCAAAUUUGUGAGAAAUCUUUAUCCUAGAUACUUCUUUGUUCCACAAAUCUAUGAAAUGGACAGGAGCUUAUGUGAUGGAAUUUCAUAAUUUGAUGACUUCAUUUCCAAUGGAAUUAAGAGACCAGUUGGAAGAAGCACGAUUUUCAUUCCUUCAAGGUGGAUACAUAGAAGAUUUUGAACUGGGAGAGACUAGUGAGGAAAAUGAAGAUGGAACUCUUGCCUUAGUGAAAGUAACAGAGAAGGCUCUUCAAGUGAGCGACAAGGACCCUAAAUCUAUAAUCAAGGAAACAGCUAAAUCUGGAACAGAGUAUCUUGCAUCUCAAUCUUAUCACGGUCUUGACAUUCAAAGCAACAGUUCCUUAAUGCUUUGCUCUCUUAUCUCAAUCUUAGCUCAAUCUUGUUUAUAUUGGUUCGGUUUUCACUCCCUUAUUGUUCUUAAUGCUUGAAAUGGUUGGUUUAUUUUUUUAUUUUUUUCUUGUUGCUGCAAUUCUUGUUUCUUCAAUUGAUAUUAGUGCUCAGUGGAAGACUUGGAAGCUACUGCAAAGUUGUAUAUUUCUUAUUGGUUAGAACUGGCAACUACUCCAUAUGGUUCACCCUGGAUGCCACAAAAAUGUUUUGGCUUGUAGCCCGCCCUUGUGAAAGUCACUUUAAAACAACAGCUAAGAUGAGAGCCUUGAA